AUGACGAAUACCCCGAUGAGGUUGAUGAGCCUUCAGCUGCGUGAACUGAUCCUUCAGCUUCCUAAAGAACACACGAACCACAUAUUGGUGACUAUGGCGAGCAAGAUGCCAUCACACGAACAACAUAUUGGUGACUAUGGCGAGCAAGAUGCCGUUCUCCUGAAGAAGAGAUCACCAGUGCAUCCGAGGACGGUGCACGGUCAGGAGAGGCCGUAUAAGCAUUGUGUGCCUUGCUGGUUGAAACUGACUGCCAAUGAAGUGCGGUCAUGGUGUGUUCCUGAGGCCAGCAACCUUGAGAAGCGGGCCUUGGCAGACGUGCAUCCUGUGCGCGUGGCGGGCGCUGUCCCGGAAGAUGUGUUCUUUGAACACAUCAGACGCAGUCCUGGUUCACGUUACUAA